AUGAGCAGUUGCAUAUGUUCAUUUGGUUGGAGGAAGCACUGUCGUUGUGAAGCCGAAAUUCUCUACAAACAAAUUCUGACGCGUGCGCACGAACGAGAAUUCGGCAAAAUCGCGGAUGAUAACAAGCCGAUUUGGCAGAUUGCUGAGGAUCGUGAAGAGAAUAAGCACAAAGGCGCGGAUACGGGUACAUAUCAAGAAUAUGGUGGCUGGCAUAAAGCCGCCAAGGUUGGCAGGUGA